AAUAAAUUAAGGACUAUGCUGUAGUUCAGCCCUGAAUGUUUCUUACUUAGUCUCGAAGACUUCUGGCCCUAACUUAAUGGCCCUGAGGGUUUCUACCCUGACUUUUUCACUAAAAUCUCUCGGACUUCUGAAGUGAAACAACUCGUGUUCUUGCAGGAAAAUCAAGACUAAAGUAAUUUAUUUGUCUGCCGCUAGAGGGCUCACAACACCUCCCUCCUGAGAUUUGAACAAAUAUGCAAAUGAGAAUGGAAAUAAAAAUUGGAAAUCAAUUUAAUUCAAUUACUUGAAAAGUUAUUGACGAAUUUUAGAAGUUCGAACAGGAAAUUGUACAGUAUUAUUUUCUUGAUGUGUUUCUUGCUUUACAAAAUUAAAUUUAAUUUCUCACUUCACUUAACUGAAUUAUUUCUUGGUCACAAUGAAAUCUUUGAAUUUAGCAGGCAAUCCGGCAGCUCUUUGAGAGCGCCUAGGUGGAGUUGGUUGGACUCGAGUGGGACUCGGCACCGACAUUGGUGAUUUGUCUGGUGGUUCGCUCUUCGCCAAUCCACUUCCCAGGGGGCCCUGAUUCGGUCCAUCCUUCUGCUCCGAAUCAAGGACAGGAUCAGGGGCCACGUCGGGGCGGACUCUGGGCACUUCUUGGACCACUUGAGGUGGCUCUGGCGGUGUCUCGGCAGGUCUGAUGAUUUUCUUGAUCUGGUCAGUGUGUCGCUCAGUCAAGCCUGCCUCUGUCUCCACCAGCACUCGUCGAGGACCCAGCUGGGUCACCACGGCUCCGGCUUCCCAUUUCACUUUAGGGUUUCGGUAGCUCCGGAGGACCACUGGCUGGUCAUCUGGCACCAACUUCAAAGGCUUUUCUGCCACGGCAGCUGCCACUUUCUUGUCCCGAGCUGCCUUUUGGUUUACGACAGCCGACGCUGGACGAGUCUUGUCCAGAAGGGUGUGCGGUCGUCGACCCAGGUUGAACUCUGCAGGUGACACUCCUCCCAGUGCAGAACUUGGAGUUGAAUUGUGUCCCAACAGAAAACUGUCCAGUCUUAGCUCCCACUCUUUCUCAGGCACUUUCUUCAAGAAAUAUUUCACAGUCUGCACAGUCUUCUCUGCAAGUCCGUUAGUUUGGGGGCUGUACGGAGGAGAGUAAAUUAGUUCAAUUCCAUUCAUUUCACAGAACUUCUUAAACUUUUCAGCUCGGAAUGCAGGCCCAUUGUCACACACCAAAAUGUCACAUAAGCCCUGCACUCGGAAAAGCUUUCUGCAGUACUUGAUAGCCGUCUCAGUCUCCAAGUUGUUCGUUCUCUCGGCAUCAAUCCAGUUGGAGAGUCCAUCAGCUGCAACAAUGUAGCUUUUGCCAUGCACCACUUCGAAGAAGUCCAGAUGCACUCUGCUCCAUGGACGAUGGGGCACCGACCACGGAAUGAUGGGCGCCUUCGAUGGCGCUCUGUUGGUGAUGGCGCAAGGCAUGCACGAGAGCGUAACCUGCUCGAUUUCCUCGUCCAUGUUUGGCCACCAAAAGUACGUCCUGGCCAAAGUCUUCAUUCUCGUCUGGCCAAAAUGAUUCAAAUGUAGAAGUCCCAAGACUUUGCUCCUCAAGUCUCGGGGAAUCACUGCCCUUCCUACAAAGGUAAUCACACCAUUAGUGGAUUUCAAAUCUCUCCACCUUUUUCCAAAUUCUCCAUCUUCACUUGUUAAAUUAUCAGGAUGUGUACCUUGAAGGAUUUUCUGUUGAAUACGUCUGAGCUGCUCGUCCUUCUCAGUGAACUCUCGCAACUCUUGCAGCGAAAUGUGGCUCUGCGGCAACUCGAUAGCCUGCAAGAAAGCUACUCGAGCCUCCUCUUCCUCCUCUUCAUCUUCAAGGACGGGCAGUGGCAGCCUAGACAGACAAUCAGCAUUGCAGUUUUCUUUUCCAGGGCAAAACUUCAGCUCAAAAUUAUAUUCUCUCAGGAACAAGCAAUACCUUUUCAGCUUGCUGGAGAGGUCAUCAGACAUUAACUUUCCUUUGCCAAAAAUCCCCAGCAGCGGCUUGUGAUCCGUCAAAAUUUCAAAUUGUUGUCCCCACAAGUAAUUCUUCAGCUUUUUCACGGCCCAGACAAUCGCAAGUGCUUCCAGCUCAACCUGCGAAUAAUUUAAUUCACUUUUCUUCAGUGCUCGUGACACAAACAUAACUGGUACCUCUACCAUUCUGUCCUCCAGCUGGCUCAGUACGGCGCCCAGCCCCUUCCUGCUGGCGUCGCAGGCCAACCGAAUUCUUUUCUUUGGGUCGAAGUACGCCAAGCUGAAUGAGUUGACCAGCAACUUAGUCAUCUUGUCCAUAGACUGCUGGCACUCAGGGGUCCAAUCAAAUGGAACGCCCUUCUUCAACAACCUGUAGACCGGAAAAAGAAUUUGAGCUUUGUUUGGAACAAAUCUGUCGUAGUAGUUGAAAUACCCUAGCAAGGCUCGAAGGUCUUCAAUACUUUGUGGUGGUGGCAUUUUCUCCAGCGCCUCCAGCUUGUCCUUCUUGGGCUGGAUCCCCUCUUGAGUGAAGGAAUAUCCCAAGUACUCCAACUCUGGAACGCAAAAUGAGCACUUGGUCAGUUUCACUUUCAGCCCAUUUUCUAUAAAAAUUUUCAGGACUGCUCUUGUUUUCUGAAUCAGUUGUGCUCUGGUAAAUGCAAAAAUCAGGAGGUCAUCAAAAUACACAAUCACUCCGGAGAUUUUGCAAACUAAUCCCGAAAUCUUCUUUUGAAAAAUGGGGGGACACACGGAGAGCCCUGGGGGCAAUCUCAAAAAUCUGUAAGUACCUUUGUGAGUAGCAAUUGCGAGCACCUCCGAUGACGCUUCAUCCACAGGGAACUGCAAGUAUGCGUCUGCCAGGUCAAUUUUGGUGAAGAAGCACCCCGGCUUGACCUCGGCGAGCAGUUUGUCAAUAGUGGGUAGCGGAAAAUCAGCUGCUGAGCACAAAGGGUUGACGGUGGCGCUGUAAUCAGCACACAGGCGCACUCCCUCCCCCUUCUCCACAUACACUACCGGUGUAGCCCACUCGCUGAACAUCACUUUUUCGAUGACUUUUCUUCUUUCUAACUCAUCAAUUGCAGCACUCGCUUUCUCCUGCAGUCCGAACGGCACACGUCUGGCGGAGUGCCGCACCGGUGUAGCUCCUUUCUUGAGCGGAAUGUGAACCGGUUCUCCCUUCCAUUUUCCCAGCACCGGUUCAAAAACUUCUUUGAGAUCUUCAAAUUCUGGCGGCACUUGUGUCAUCUUGAAGAUCUCCGGCAGUCUUUCAGGGUCAGGUGGCUCCUUUUUCAGGUCCACUGUCUUCAGAAUAAUGGGCAACUCCACUGCAAUUCCUAGCUGCUUGAACCAGUUCCUCCCAAGCAACGAAGGUCCACUCUGCUCCAUGACCAACAGUUCAAGGUUCACCGGCUUGCCACCUUUUGGAGUCACUUUCACCUGAACUUUUCCUGCUGCCCUAAUUUCCCCUUGCUGACCCCACGCCUUCAUCCGCACAUUGCUUGGAAGCAACGCUUUUCUGUCUGGGAAAUAUUUAUCAUAAGUGGAGAGUCCAAUGAGCGAAAAUGUCGCACCAGUGUCCACUUCCAACAUCAAGGGCUUGCCAUUCAGCAGAAUUUCCAACAUCAGCUUCUGGUCUGCUGAAACUGGUGGCUUGCUUGUGGACUCCACUCUUAGCAGGUAAUUUGUCACUGCCUGCAAUUGUUCUUGGCCAUCGCUUCCACUGGCCUCAUCUUCUCCCUCUUCUUGGUCCUCCAGAUGGUGCGCUGCCUUCUGAGUAGAACUUCUGCACACUUGCUCAACGUGCCCUUUUUUCUUGCACUUCUUGCAGGUUAAUUUGUCUCUGACCUUGCAUUUGAAGAAUUUGUGCCCGUCUUUACCACAGGCGAAACAGGUGACCUGUCCAUGCUGCUUUUGGUCACUACCUUGCUGACCUUGACCUUUUUUCCACUGGGACUUUUUUUCUUGGCCAAUUUUGUUCACUGUACCCUGCGAGCUACUCAGCCCAAGAGCCUUUGCGGUCAGUUCAGCUCGUUCAUGUGCGAGGACCUUUGUCUUUACAAAAUCUAGAGUCAACUUUGCAUCCUCUUCAGCCAGCAGCGUUUGCUUCAGCCGCAGGUCUCGCAACCCUGAAAUGAUCUUGGGCACUAGCAACUCAUCCGUUUUUGAGAAUUUGCAUUUCUUGGCCAAACUAGUCAGCUCAGCUAGGUAUACUGCAGCUGAUUCAUCAGGUCCUUGGACUCUCUGGUUAAACUCAUUUUUAUAGACAAUAGUCUGCGGCUCUGUUUGUCUAUAAUAAACUGCCAACCUCUCAGUCAGCUUCGCAAAGGUGAUGGCCUCAAUCCCUUCAGGGUCACUCACCUUGCAGAAGACCUCAAACGCUUCUUCACUUUGAUGAUCAACGAACAUGUUCUUCUUGUCUGCGUCCUCUGUCACCUUCUUCACAGCGAAAUGGAACUUCCACCUGCUCAGGUACUGGCUGAAUGACAGAACCCCUUUGGGGUCAAAUGAACCAAUUACUUUCGCUUUAUCACUCAUGUUGGAUUCAAUAAAUACCCUGGGAAAACCCGGAUGACCGCUUGCUUUCUUGAUUUUCAACGAUUAAAUCCUGCUUCCACACACGCGAAUUCUCUCUAACGAUGAUGGCGGCCACACGAGGUUCAGUUUUCUUGCUAUUUCUCCCUUAGACUCGUCGCCACUUUGCUGUAGUUCAGCCCUGAAUGUUUCUUACUUAGUCUCGAAGACUUCUGGCCCUAACUUAAUGGCCCUGAGGGUUUCUACCCUGACUUUUUCACUAAAAUCUCUCGGACUUCUGAAGUGAAACAACUCGUGUUCUUGCAGGAAAAUCAAGACUAAAGUAAUUUAUUUGUCUGCCGCUAGAGGGCUCACAACAGACUAUUAGAAAAUUUUCACUAGGAGUUUCCAAAAAUUCAGAAUUAUUGUGUAAAACAUUGAUCUACAAUUUUGAGCGGUUGGCGUCGAUCUCCGGUGCCAUCGGCCUCUGAAAAAUCCACACCCCCUUUGUUGUUAGCAUCUUGAACUGUCGUCUACAGCGACCGCUGCAGCAUUUUCUUUAUUUUUGAUCAACUUUGCGAACUUUUUUCGAUUUCAUUGCGUCUAAAACCUACACUGAUUUUGAUCGGGUAAUUUUCUAACUUUUGACGCCAAUUUAUCAUCUGUGAUGCCAGAAAAAAGGUGAAACUAUGAUGUCCCCAGCAGAAGAAGGUGCUGCUUCUGAACCGGAGUUGGACGCGGAACGCGAGCCCGAAUUGGAGGUUGAUGCCGAAGAAAAUGGUCAGAUUGAGCCUAAAGCCGAAGAGGCUGUUGCUAACGAGGUCCUUGGCAUAAAAGAUUCAGACCAAGAAGAACGUAAAGAAAAUGGGCUUGAAAAUGGAGAUAUCCACGAAGAAGAAGGCGAAUUGGAGCCGGAGAAGACUGCAGAAGAAUUUGCAGAUGGCGAAAAUAAGGAUGCACAUCACCAAGAACCUGUGCUUGAUGACGACCGAGAAGGGACUCCUACCUUGGACGAAAACCAGCCCAUCGGUUUGGAGGGUUUGGAAACUGAGCCUAUAUCAGAAGAGGAGGAGCGGGAAGCCGAGGAAGGAGAGAUUAUUGGUGAGGAGAAAGUGGAAAUAGCUUGGAAGAAGCCCAGCAACAGAAGGAACUACCGGGACAAAAGGGCCAAGCCUGAAGAAGAAGAACAUCAUGAGGAAGCGCCAAAACAACGGGCACCAGACAACAGAAGAAGGGAAACCAGAAAAAGAGAAAAAAAGAAACAGAUAUUGACAACUAAUCGACGUAAGGAUCUAGAAAGGUAUGAUGUGCGCCGUGUGGUAAAUGAACGAAAGGAUAGGCGCCCUAGCACGGACCGAUUUGGUCGUGUUGCCAGGCGGGAGAGGCGUAGUGAAGAGCAGGGAAGACGAAGUGAAGAGCGAGGCAGAAGAAGUGAAGAACGGGGCCGACGCAGUGCAGACCGAGGCAGACUGAGUGAAGAACGAGCGAGCCCUGAGCACAAGAGACGACGACGCAGUCCUGACAGACGUCAUUCGGCUGACAGGAAGCGUUCUGUUGACCGACAGGAUUCAGUAGAAAGAAGGUCCACGCCUGAAAGAAGAAAACACACGCCAGACCGGCGGAAGGGAACACCGGAAAGGAGGAAAGUAACACCUGAGAGAAGAAAAGGAACGCCAGAGCGGAGGAAAACCUCUCCAGAGAGGAGAAAGAACUCCGCAGAAAGAAGAAGAAAUUCAGCAGAGAGGAGGAGGAACUCAACAGAAAGGAGAAGAAACAAUUCUCCGGAGAGAAAAAGACCUUCUUCCGAGCCAAGGCAGCACUCUCCGGACAGACGAAGAUCUCCAAGGCGGUCUGUAGAAAGACCGCAGAGUCCCAUCAGACGCCGCAGUAGGGACAAAAGACGCAGUCCAGAAGUUUGGCCUGAGGCUCGAAGACCCAGUCCAGAUACCAGACGCAGCGUCCAUGAGAGACUGGGCUUCAGAGUUCCAGACGUGGAGCAGGUCGAACGGCGGAGGCGCAAACGGAAGAAAGAAAAGCGCAGGAAGGAGGUCAUUGCUAGAGGAAACAACAUUCUUAUUUCCGUCAACUUCAAAAAACAACGUGAACGAGAGCCUCCGCAAGAACGGCCUAGGACGCCAACGCCACCCCCACCGCCUCCACCACCCCCACCGGCAGUUAAGGAAAAAAAGAAAAAGGAACGGAGGAAAAAAAUUGCCAAAAUGGCCUCUAAGAAACGACCCAUAGCCGUAAUAAAUCUUGAAGCCGAACCUGCACCGGAGGUUGUGAUUCCCGAAGGUCCAAAGACCCCACCUGAGCCGCAGAUAAAAUUCAGCAUUAUGACCAAGACCAAUCUAAAGCCGGUAGUCAACCCCUUGCACGAGGAUGAGGAGGAUGACGAAGAAGCUGCUGAGGGUGAAGCCGCUCCAGAAGUUGCACCAGAAGUCAUACAACCUGAAACUGCUGUUGAAGAGACCACCGAAGUGUACAACCCGUUCGAACCCACCAACUCGCCUGUGGAAGAAGCACAGCAGGCAGAACCAGAAGAGGAGCCGCCUCCAGAAGAUAAGCCAGCAGAAGAGCCGCCCCCGGAGACUCAGGUCCAACCUGAAGUGCAAGAAGUUGCUGUGGCGGAGACUGUUGAAGAGCCACCCAAGGUUGUCAAGGCAGCCAGUCCGCCCAAAACGCGGCCGCCGCCACCUGUGGUGGCCGUUCCGCCCUUGGCCGCCUCUUUGGUGCUUCCUUCGCAGCUCAACCUAGUGCCACUGCUUCUGCAGGCCGCUCCUACACUUUUGGCUCAACUUCGACUACCCAGCGUCGUGCAGACACAAUUGCCAGACACAACCACUGACGUCGUGGACAUGGAACUUGAAUCUCCCUAUUCUCCUGCUGCAUCAGAAGGAGAUGAUCUCUUUGAGCCUCCAACCGUAAGAGAGGCUAAAAGGACAAAAAGGGCUCCAGCUCCUGAAAACAAGGCACCAGCAGAUAAAUUUGACGCUCUCAGAGGCGCCUGGAAGUCUAGGACAGGAGGCUCAUCCAAGCCUGGAAAAUCUGGCAAGGGCAAACGGGAAGUGGCAAUCAAAAUGGAUGAAGACCAACUACGCAUUCUUGAUGAAGUGCCAAGCUCAGCAGUUGAACUACAAGUGAAAGAAAAGUACUUAAAAAAGCUGAACCACCAAGAAAGAGUGGUGGAUGAGGUUAAAUUGGCCCUCAAGCCGCACUACGCCCGCAAGAAGGUCAACAAGGAGCAAUACAAGGAAAUUCUUAGAAGGGCAGUGCCAAAGAUCUGCCAUACUAAAACUAAGGAGAUAAAUCCUCAUAAAGUGCGCAGACUGGUGAACGCCUAUGUUAAGAAAAUAUGCGGCAGCAAGAGCAAGACAAGUGCUGCGUAAGUAAGCUGUGACAAAUACAGAUAAAGACAUUAAGGUACAGUGUGUAAUUUAAAGUAUGUGACUGAAUAGGAAAGUUUUUAUUUAUGAACCAGCAAUUAUUUUAACUCUUUGAGUUGAAUUAUUGAUAAAGAUGCAAUGAAUUUAAUAUAAGGUAAAUCAAAACCUUUUGCUGCGCUGCAAAAUUUUAAUUGUAUUGAGAAAUAAAUACAGCUAAGAUUUGUGAUGCGUU